CUUCCAAACAGUCCUGCUCGUUUAUUUAGCGACAAGAACGAGACACAAAGUAGUCAAUAAAACAUUGUUGGCACGGAAUACGUUGCCACGGUGCCACUUUUGCGAUCGAACUCCGCCGAGGACGAGGAAGCGUUUGAGCACCGCUUCCGGCUCCUCAGUUCCGACGUCGACUACUGUGCGCGGCCGCCUUGUGAGCACUCAUUGCCGGGGAGAGUCGCUGCGAUGGACCGAGCUGUUACAAUGGAGCACUACAAGGCGGCCAUGUUGCUGAGCGGUGCAGGUGAUGCUCUGGGCUACAGGAACCAGAGGUGGGAGUACAACAAGUCCGGACCAGCCAUUCACAAGGAACUGGAGGAGCUUGGCGGGCUGAAGAACAUCAACGCCGAGCUGCCCGAUUGGCCCGUGAGCGACGACACCGUCCUGCAUCUGGCCACGGCCGAGGGACUCGCCACCGCCAAGAAGGGAGAAGAGCUUCUGCACGAGGUGGCCGCUCGCUACGUGGAGGGGAUGAAAGACAUGGAAGGGAGGAAACCGGGACCGUCAAGCAUUCUGGGAGUGUCGCAGCUGAGGCCUGGGGAGGAAGGGGGCUACAGAGUUCCAUACAACCCGGAGGGGACGGGCUGUGGAGCUGCCAUGAGAUCCAUGUGCAUUGGCCUCAGAUACCCUAAGCCCGACCAGCUGUUGUCCUUGGUGGCGGUUGCCGUGGAGACGGGCAGAAUGACCCACCCUCACCCCACCGGUUUCCUGGGAGCCGUCGCCUCGGCGCUUUUCGCCGCGUACGCCGUCCAGCGCCGGCCCCUCACCACGUGGGGCGUGGGCCUGCUCAACGAGGCGUGCCCCAUCGCCAGGAACUUCGUGCAGCGUCGAGGCUUCGCUGUAGACGAGACCGAACGAGACUGGAGCUACUUCUGCGACAAGUGGCAGUGGUACCUAGACACGAGGGGCAUCUCGAAUGGGGUGGGGCCCCCAAUGUGGCCAGACUCGUACGGGCCGGCCGAGCGGGACCGAGCGUAUGAGACGUUCAGCCUGGCAGGCUGGGCGGGGCGCAGCGGGCACGACGCGCCCAUGAUCGCACUGGACGCGCUGCUGGCGGCCGGGUCAGACUGGGAGGAGCUCAUGAGCAGUGCGGCCUUCCACGGAGGUGACAGCGACAGCACCGCCGUGAUCGCCUGCUGCUGCUGGGGACUCCUCCACGGCACCCGCGGGGUCCCCGAAGGCAACUACGUCCGCCUGGAAUACCGCGAGCGACUGGAGCGCAGCGGCGAGCUGCUCUAUUCGCUGGCGCACUGAUCAAGGCCACCGUGGGCGCCCCCACAGCAAGGGGAAAGUAGGCCACACGCGCACGUGUUGACGCCCAACGAGCUGAGCUGAGCUGUGCUGGCUGUCGCGGAGCGGCAGUACGUUUGGUGCCAUACUCGCCCUGAGGGGACACCGCGUCCCACUGACCCACACGGGAGUCACAACAAGGACGUGACUGUCACAUGAUGUCACUACAGUGUGGCUGCUGCUGUAUCCAGAGGGGGCCCCCUAGUGGUUGUUUGAAGUAACCUUGCAGCAUUGUAAUGAGUGGGACCACUGGAUGCAAAUGAGAAUGACAAGUCCCCCUUUGGAGAAAGCCAUUUGCGUAUUUAUUCGAUAUCACUGAUAUCCAGCUUAUGGUCCAUGGACUAGUAGACUGUCCUCACUAAUUACACAAUUCAGUGAACUAGUAGAACGACUGUCUUACUACUGUAUGCCAUUUCUGCACGCUAGUACGACAUAGUAGGAUAACUGCAUGUUAGUAGUGAAGCAAAACUACACCUAUUGCAUCUGUGCUAGAUUUUAACUAUCCAUCCAUUUUCUGAGCCGGUUCUCCUCACUAGGGUCGCGGACGUGCUGGAGCCUAAGAUUUUAACUAGUAGAACUUAAUUUCACUUGUUCAACUAGCAUAGUUUUUCCUCAAAUUUGAUAUCCAGCUUCAUCUUCAUGUACUGGUACACUUUGCCCUCACUAGCAAGACAAUUGAGAGCAAUACAAGCAUGAACUGGUCCGUAGCGGAAAAAAGGUUGGGAAGCAUUGCACUAACUGUGUGCUACUAGUGACAUAACAUUCUGCUAGUUAAUCUCUAGUUCUUUACACGUAGCACACAGAUGUCAACUGGAGCACAGAUCAGCGUCAUUAGUAACAUGUAGUUGUGUAACAAAAGGCCUUCUUGGCAGUAGUUGAAACAAUAUAAGGCAAAGUCGUUCUACCAGUGUGCUGAACUGUCUUACGCGUGACUAAGAGUGUGUGUGUGUGUGUGACUUUCCAUAUCCACGGGGAGGUACUUACCAGUACUUGAUUUUUGUGACGUGGAUGAAUAGUAAGCUGUAUAAUGAUAUGUGCUUAAACGCAACUGCAACCCUGUAAAAAAAAUAAAAAAUAAAAUAA